AUGGCCGCAUCACCACCAUCUCCUUCAUCUGAUAAUCAAAUGAAUCAAUCAUCAUCAAGUGAAGAUGAAGAAACGAAUGAUCAUCGUGAAUCAGAUAUACGUGAACGUGAUGAAUUUACAAAACGUCUUCGUCAACGUGAUGAUGAACAAACAAAAAAGAAAUUUAAAGCUGAACCUAUUUCACGAGAUUCUGAUCGUUCAAAAUUAUCUAUUGAAAACUUACGUAAAAAAUCUCGUCAUGUUUAUUUAGCAUCACGAAAAGAUAAAAAACUUAUUGAACUUGAACAAGAACUUGCUGAUGAAGUAUAUUUAUUUAAAGAUACUAAAUUAACAAAACGUGAAGAAGAAAAUAUUAAAUUUAAACGAUAUGCAUUAAAUUUAGCACGUGAACAUGAAAAAGCUCAACAAAUGGAAAAUAUUGAUCGUUAUCAUAUGCCAACUGGUAAAAGUGAUGAAACAUCAAAAAAUGAUCGUUAUCGUGAAGAUAAUCGUUAUUCAGAUUCGAAAGCAAAUGGACAAAGUGGACAAAAUUUUGAACAAAGAAAAUGGGAAGAUGAAGUUAUACAUACAGCAUUACCACAUUUUGGUUCAUUAGAUAAAGAAACUAAAAUUAAUCAACCAAAAUAUGAUUAUAUACUUGAUGAAGAAAUACAAUUUGUACAACAAUUAACAAUACCUGGUGUUAAUGAAUUAUUACAACAUAAAGAUAAAUUAAAAAUAAAUGAACAUGAAGAUGAAAAUAAACGUAAAUAUCGUUCAUUACAAGAAGUACGUAAAACAUUACCAAUUUAUAAAUUUCGAGAAGAUCUUAUUAAUGCAAUACGUGAUCAUCAAGUUUUAAUUAUUGAAGGAGAAACAGGAUCAGGAAAAACAACUCAAUUAACUCAAUAUUUAUAUGAAGAAGGAUAUUGUGAAGCUGAUACUGAAGAUGAAGAAGAUGAAGAUGAUGAUGAUAAAAAUAUAAAAUUACUUAAUGGAAAAAAGAAAGACAAAAAAAAAAUGAUGAUUGGUUGUACUCAACCACGUCGUGUCGCAGCUAUGUCUGUUGCUGCACGUGUUGCCGAAGAAAUGAAUGUAAAAUUAGGUCGUGAAGUUGGUUAUUCUAUACGUUUUGAAGAUUGUUCAUCUGAACGUACAAUAAUUAAAUAUAUGACUGAUGGUAUGUUAUUAAGAGAAUUUCUUAGUGAACCUGAUCUUGCAUCAUACAGUGUUUUAAUUGUUGAUGAAGCGCAUGAACGUACAUUACAUACAGAUAUAUUAUUUGGUUUAGUUAAAGAUAUAGCACGUUUUCGACCUAAACUUAAAUUAUUAAUAUCAUCAGCAACACUUGAUGCUGAAAAAUUUUCACAAUUUUUUGAUGAUGCACCUAUAUUUCGUAUACCUGGUCGUCGUUUUCCUGUUGAUAUUUAUUAUACAAAAGCUCCUGAAGCUGAUUAUAUUGAUGCAGCUGUUGUUACAGUUUUACAAAUUCAUGUAACACAACCAUUAGGUGAUAUUUUAGUUUUUCUUACUGGUCAAGAAGAAAUUGAAACAGCUAAUGAAAUGUUAUUAGAAAGAACUAGAAGACUUGGAAGUAAAAUAAAAGAAUUAAUUAUUUUACCAAUUUAUUCAACAUUACCAUCUGAUAUGCAAAUUCGAAUAUUUGAACCAGCUCCACCUGGUGCACGUAAAGUAAUUUUAGCAACAAAUAUAGCUGAAACAUCAUUAACUAUUGAUGGUAUACAUUAUGUUAUUGAUCCUGGUUUUUGUAAACAAAAAACUUAUAAUGCACGAAAUGGUAUGGAAGCAUUAACAAUAACACCAAUUUCAAAAGCAUCAGCUAAUCAACGAGCUGGAAGAGCUGGACGUGUUGCACCUGGAAAAUGUUUUCGAUUAUAUACAUCAUGGGCAUAUCAACAUGAAUUAGAUGAUAAUAGUAUUCCAGAAAUACAACGUACAAAUUUAGGAAACGUUGUAUUAUUACUCAAAAGUUUAGGUAUUAAUGAUUUGGUAAAUUUCGAUUAUAUGGAUCCUCCACCAAUGGAAACACUUCGUUUAGCAUUCGAACAACUCUAUGCUCUUGGUGCAUUAAAUCAUAAAGUUGAAUUAACAAAACUUGGUCGUCGUAUGGCUGAAUUUCCACUUGAUCCAAUGUUAUCAAAAACAAUUCUUGCUAGUGAAACAUAUAAAUGUUCAGCUGAAAUAUUAACAAUUGUUUCAAUGCUUUCUGUUAAUAAUUCAAUAUUUUUUCGUCCAAAAGAUAAAACUCUAUUAGCUGAUACUGCUCGUCAAGCAUUUUUUGCACAUGGUGGUGAUCAUUUAACAUUACUUAAUGUUUAUAAUCAAUGGAAAGAUACAAAUUAUUCAACACAAUGGUGUUAUGAAAAUUUUAUACAAUUUCGUUCAAUGAAUCGUGCACGACAAGUACGUGAUCAACUUGAAGCAUUAAUGGAACGUGUUGAAAUUGAAAUACAAUCAAAUCCAGCUGAUACAAUUGGUAUACGUAAAUCGAUAUGUUCAGGAUUUUUUUAUCAUACAGCAAAAUUUUCUAAAAAUGGAAUGUAUAAAACAGUACGUCAUCAACAAAGUGUAUUAAUACAUCCAAAUAGUUGUUUAUUUGAUCAAAUACCACGUUAUGUUAUUUAUUUUGAACUUGUUCUUACAACAAAAGAAUAUAUGAGACAAGUUAUUGAAAUUGAAAAUGAAUGGUUACGUGAAACAGCACCACAUUUUUAUAAAACAAAAAAAUUAGAUGAUGAUAGUAAAGUAAAAAAAAUGCCUAAAGUUUUAGGCAAAAUUAAAGCUGAACUUGAACGAAAUUAUUCGUAA